AUGGAACCGCUUAAUGAUGCCGUCUCUACGGAUCAGCGGGACGCACUGCACCGCACCCUCUACCUGCGUCGUGAGUAUGCACUCGUUGCAAAUUGCGGAGAAUUUGAUGAUAUUCUGCUGGUUCCGCCCCAAAACGACUCCGGUAAACAAAACGACUGUUGGAGGGGGUUAGUGGCUGUAAGUAAUUCCCCCUCACCGUGGUACGGCGGCUUUUUUGCCUUCCUUGUGCAGCUGCCACCGAAGUACCCAUUCGAGUCGCCAUCAGUACGCAUGGAGAAAGGCUUCAAGAGUCAUCCCCUCCUGCUGGAAGACAGCGAAGGGAAGAGGUGCAUUUUGCCAUUUGACGAGAUUUAUUUGGGUCUUGAUCCGAUGCGUGUGUCGGUGAUGGCGCGACUGCUGCACCACGUGCGGUCCAUGUUUUACCCAUCGGAGUGGCCAACGGCGGUGCUUGUCAACAAGGCUCUUGCUAGGUGCGAUGUGGAGCGGCGCAGCGUGACGCAGGAAGUCGUGUUGGGGAAGCCGUAUGUGGAAUAUCUUUCCCGGGAGGCGGUUGCUUUUUUUUCCAACCCCGACUGCUUUCGAGACGGCGAGCUCCAAAUGGAGGCAUCGGGGUUUCAAGAAAAGUGGGAAAAGGCUUUUUCUCUCUGGCUGGGUCGCUCAUGGCUUCCUGCCGUUCGUCUGUUGCAGUGA